GCCCAUAAUCGUUAGUUUCCUUUUAGGUCCGAUUGUGCAAAAUUCUUACAUUUUGUUUACCUUUGAAAUUAGGUGAAUCCGCUCGCUAAUAGGAUUUCGCAUCGAGCGCGAAUCAACCGAACCGACUGGUUAACGUAAUCCGCCUUAAGAACUAUCGCUAUAACGGGAUAACACUUUUAAAUUCUAGAAAGAAAAUACCUAGACCUAGAUCCUUCCCGCAGAAGCGUCGUCCGUGCAACGCAGUGCACAUCUCCGUUUCUGGAAGGAGCAAGAUGGGAACCAAAUAAGGAUGAGCUACAUGUAUGACGCAGAGGAGGUCGAGCACUUUAGGAAAAUCGCUAGUUCCCAAAGGAAAAUCCCGAAGAUCAUGGCGCUGAACGGAUUUCUGGAGUUCUUCCAGAAAGAAAAGACAUUUCGACCCAAGAAGAAGUUCACCCAAGGAACCAUUCGCUAUUCACUUCACAAGCAAGCUCAUGCCAGUCUGCAGUCCGGAAUCAAUCUGAGAGAAGUGGUCAAACUGCCUCCGGGAGAGAACAUGAACGAUUGGCUAGCCGUGCAUGUAGUGGAUUUCUUCAAUCGCAUCAAUCUCAUAUAUGGUACCAUAUCCGAAUACUGUAACGAAACUACCUGCCCCACCAUGAGCGGUGGCUCCAAGUACGAGUACUUGUGGGCCGAUGGGGAGAUAUUCAAAAAGCCAACCCAACUGCCGGCUCCCCGGUAUGUUGAACUGCUCAUGGACUGGGUCGAGAACCAGAUCAACAAUGAAGCGCUCUUCCCCGUGUCGACCGAUGUGCCAUUUCCCAAGUCUUUCCCGACGCUUUGCAAGAAGAUACUGGCUCGGUUGUUUCGCGUUUUUGUGCAUGUCUAUAUCCACCACUUCGACCGAAUCGUCAGUAUUGGAGCGGAAGCUCACGUAAACACGUGCUACAAGCAUUUUUACUACUUUAUCCAAGAGUUCGAUUUGAUGUCAGCGAAGGAGUUGGAACCGCUAGCCGUGAUGACCGCUCAGAUGUGCAAAGACUAAACUUGGGUUAUGGAGUAAGGGUUUACGUGAUGAACAAAUUACGUUGUAUAAUAACAAUUUGAACAAUAGUGAGUUUUAAAUCAGGUUGUUGAUAGCCUUUAAUGCAUAAUAAAGAAUGAAACGUAUAAUAUCGUA